GGCGAAGAAGAAGGAGCGGACGUGACGUCAGAGUCCUGCCUCCAAAACAACCGGAGUGUUAUGAAAGCUGCAGAGUGAAAUGUUGGAUAACUGCUGUUUCCAAACCCUUACACAACACCGGGUGGACAGCUGAGGGGCUUCCGCCUGUCUAGUUUUGCCAAAAGACAUUUAAAUGUAAAGAAAAUAGAUUUUUAUUUAGAAACGUUUGAGAAAAGACAGCAUGGCAAAGCGGGGAGGGUGUGCAGAGACAGAGGCCUAUACAAAGAAACUGAAGCAGGUGCUGAAGGCAAAGAGCAGCGGAGCUAAAGCGAGAACGAAGAAGAAAGAUGCAGCUAAUGGCCACACAGAGGAACAGGAGAAGCUCGAGAGGAAGGUCAAACCCAAACCACGGGGCUCCACAAAACGAGCAUCAGGGAACACCUCAUCCACCACAUCCACAACUGCCCCAGCUGACAAAACCAGUAAAUACUUCCAGUCUCCAGUGAAGGAGGAGGAGACGGAGAGUGAAGAUGACUUUGACAUGGUGAACUCAGCAGCACCUGCGGUUACGGUGAACGCCAAGAGAACAGAGAAAGAAGAAGAAGAGGAGGAGGAGGAGGAGGACAGUGAGGAAGACGAGGGUGAUUGGGAGGAAGUGGAAGAGCUUUCUGGGCCGCUGGGUCCAGUUGAACCACCAGAACCUGUCCUGCCCUCUCAGCCGCUUGAGAUAGAGAUCGAGACUCCAGAAAUCAGGAAAAAGCAAAAGAAGCAGGCAGAGUUUGAAAUGUAUCUGAGGCGGAUGAUGAACCGAUACAAGAAGGACGUGCUGAUAGACACACACAAGGUCCACCUGAUGUGCCUGAUAGCCAGUGGGAUGUUCCGCAGCCGCCUGUGCAGUGAACCAGACCUGCUGGCCAUCACUCUGUCGCUGCUGCCCCCCCACUUCAGCAUGGUCGCCAAGCAACGUAUUGACCAAAACUACCUCUCUGGACUGCUUAAAUGGUUUAGAGCAACGUUCACCCUCAACCCCAGUCUUCCCUGUGAGGAGCGUCCGGACCCCCGGGCUCUGCUGGAGAGGCGGCUGGCCAGCUUGUCGCCCAGAAACCACCAGGAGAUGACUCAUCUGUUCCUGUUGGUCCUGAGGUCUCUGCAGCUCUUCUGCCGAUUGGUUCUUUCUUUGCAGCCGAUUCCUCUCAAACCCCCAUCAGCCAAGGGCAAAGGGACUAGAACAUCUACCGGUGCCCCAGGAAAAAGCAACACAAGCCAGCAAACGUCCAAGACCACCUCCCCUGAGCCAAAGGUCUCUACUGGCACCAAGAGACCAGCUGGAGGGGGGAAGAUAAAUGGAGACGGAGGAGGAAAGAAAGCAAAGACAAAAGACAUAAAAGAGGAGACUGCGAAGGAAAAGGAGAAGGUUAUAACAUCAGGAGGGCAAAGGCCAAAGAACUCUAAACGCCGCAGCAUCGCCUCAAAAGUCAGCUACAAGGAAGAAAGUGACAGUGAAGCAGAAAAAGAGGAGGAGGGGCUUAGUGAUGAGGAGGACUUUCAGGCAACCAGUGAGGAAGACAGUGAGGAUCCAGAGAGAGGGGCUAAAUCCACCAAGGGGAAAAAGAAGAAGAGCAAAGCCAAAGUGACCAACGGCAAGAAUACUGCAGCUCCGAAGAGAAGGAGUGGUGGAGGGAAAAAACAGGUAAAAGACGAGGAGGGCAAAGAGUGGGAGGCAGAGGAGGAAGAUGAUGAAGAAGAAGGAGAAGGAACGACAGGCAACAGAACAAAGCGAAGGAGUGGAAAAAAGAAGGACGGGCCUGGAGCGGACGAGUGGUUGGAGGUGUAUCUGGAGAAAACUUCCUCCUGGCUUUGCGUAGAUGUGGAACAUGGUGUCGAGAUGCCUCACCUCUGCUCCCAGAAUGCAACAGCACCGGUGACGUACGUGGUGUCGGUGGACGGGGACGGCUUUGUGAAGGACCUGGGGAGGAAGUAUGACCCCACCUGGUUGACAUCGUCCAGGAAGAGACGGGUGGAUGAAGAUUGGUGGGAGGAAACGCUCGAGCCGUUUCUGGGACCUGAGGACGAGAGGGACAGAAAGGAGGACAAGGAGCUCCAGAACAAGCUGCUGAACAAACCCCUGCCGAUCUCAAUAGUGGAGUAUAAGAACCACCCGCUCUACGCCUUAAAGAGACACCUUCUGAAAUAUGAAGCUAUCUACCCUUCAACAGCCACUGUACUGGGAUACUGCAGGGGAGAGCUGGUGUACUCCAGGGAUUGUGUACACACGCUCCACUCCAGAGACACUUGGCUCAAAGAGGCGCGGACUGUCAGGCUAGGAGAGGAGCCAUAUAAAAUGGUGAAGGGUUUCUCUAAUCGUUCCCGUAAAGCCAGGAUGGCUACUGAGCAGAAGGAUGCGAAUGACCUGGCUCUGUUUGGAAAAUGGCAGACUGAAGAGUACCAGCCGCCUAUAGCUGUGGAUGGGAAGGUUCCCCGUAACGACUACGGUAACGUCUACCUGUUUAGGCCCUGUAUGUUACCGGUGGGCUGUGUUCACCUCAAGCUACCCAACCUGCACCGCGUGGCAAGGAAGCUGAACAUGGACGCAGCCCCUGCAGUCACGGGCUUCGACUUCCAUGGAGGAUACUCUCACGCUGUGACUGAUGGUUACAUUGUGUGUGAGGAGCAUGAGGAGAUUCUCAGAGCGGCCUGGGGGGAAGAACAACAGAUUCAGAAACAGAAGGAGAAAGAGAAAAAAGAAAAGAGGGUGAUCUCCAACUGGACUUUGCUGGUUAAGGGGCUCCUGAUCAGAGAAAGACUUAAACAGCGAUACGGAAAGAAGAACCAGUGGCUGGGGGGCCUUGCUCACGGAGAGGAGACCGGCGGGCUUUCGUCAGAUGAGGAAGUGGUUGAGGGUGGAAGUCCAUUAGCUAUGACAGCGUCUGAGACUCUGGCCAUGUCCUGGCCCCAGAACAGACAAGCAGAGGAGGAAGGAGGGAGCAUCAGCGGACUGAAGAAGAAGAAGACAACAAAACGAGAAAAGAGAGGACAGGAGAAACAUUUGUUUCCAUUUGAGAAAGUGUGAUGUCAGAUAUCAGAAACUGCACUCGACUUUAGUUAAAUCAAAGUUGAUUACACUCUGCUCUCAAAGAAGCUGCUCCUGAUAUUUACUCUGGAAGAUGUUCAAAAAGCAGGAUAAAGUUUGCCCCAGGUGGAACAAAUUUGGAAUACAUUUUUGCAAGUUUGGUCAUCCCUGGAACAUUUGGCUGUAACACGAUAAGCAGGAGAGGAAAGAGAGGAAAAAUGCUGGGUAGUGCGCUGCAGAUCUGUUUCUUCCAGUGGUGAUAAUACAUGCAUUAAACCAUUAGCUCAUGUACUGUUAGGCUUUUAUACGAGAGAUUAGUAGAAAUGUAGCACAUGCCAGGGGGGGAAAAACACAGGUGAAUAUCAAAUUCAGCAAGUUGACACAUGUGCUUUUGUGCAGAAAAGUGUUAUCAAGUUGCCUCGGAGAAAACAAACGGCAUGAAAGGAGGAGCAGGAAAAUGUCCACACAACAUUAUACACUCAGUCCUCUUGCAAGUAUUCAGUGGGUGUGCUCCAAAACUUGAUGUGCUAGUUUGAGCCCGGUGGGUAUGGUUUCCCUCUCAGUUCAGCACACAAAAUGGCAUAUACAGCUUAUGCCGACUUGAAUUGAUGUCUUGGGUAGCAAUUAAACACAAUACCCAUGUACCAACAACACUACAAACAAUGCAGGCAAAUUAACAUAUUUUUUGGAGUGGCUCCACUACCUGCUACUGUUUUCAUUUCAUCUCAUUCCAUAUAAGCAUGUUUCCCCAACCUUGCCACCACGUGACGACCAACUGGACCACAGCCAUUGUUACUGGCUGGACUGUACACUAUGUAAGCUGACACAAUGAAAACAGAAACUUAUACUGUUAUUAUUACGUGAAAACUGUAUCUCCUGGUUAUCACAUUUUCAGGAACUAGCACAAACAGCCAUGUUUUUGUAGCUCUGCUACUCUGCACUCUUGAGUGGAUGUCACUGUUUUUGGGUUGUAGCAUCCACUUAUCUGACAGACAGACAGAUGCACACAAGGACCAUGUAACCCUUCCCUUUAGGUUUAAACUAAAACUGAAGUUAAGAAGUUGUUGAAUGAUUCCUUAGUCAUGAUUUCUCACAAAUACUGUACUUCCUCUUUUUCUCUCAUUCCUUGUUAGGCUGCUACAUCCCUGGAGGUUCAUUUGUUCCUGCUGUAUUCUCUAUCCCUCACAUUCAGCCUCUUACUCAUCUCUUUCACACUUUUGUCACUGUUUCACACCUUGUGUCUCUAUACGUGUUUGUACACAGCAGAUGAUGGCUGUAUUUAAAGUUGUAAACAGUUUUUGUAUGGAAAGUAUUUUUCUAAGAAAUGUUGAAAUAUCAGUUAAAAGCAAACAACCCAAAUUAAUGCUGUAGUAAUACAUUUUGUUAUCCAUGUUUGCUUUUGUUACAUAUACAUAUGUGUUAU